AUGUUGGGUACAAAAAAAAGCAAGUUCACGAGCUUAAAAUGCGAGGAAUUGAGCAGCUUCACGGAGAUAAGCAGUGUCCUUCAUUUACCCACAAGGACCCUUCAGCAGCUAUCUAUCCAAAGCAGGGAUACAAAGCUAACCAUUGGAGCAGCCAACAGUUCUGUGAACAUGCCGCAUUUGUUCCUUCUCGAUCUGUCCCACUCGAAAGGUCUGGAACUUCUCAGUGAAGGCUUCUCCAAAUACCCCAAUCUCACUGAUAUCGACAUCACUGGCUGUGGCUUAGAACAACUGCUAGACUCACACUUUGCCAUCGAUUCCAUGGUGCACUUGCUGAAGGCAAAUCAAAACAAGUUUAGUUCUCUAUCGAAGGAUUUGUUUAGCAAACUUCCCCGUUUGCAAAAGGCCUAUUUCAACUAUAAUGGUUUGAGUCAUUUGGAAUUGCCGCAUAUGCCAAAUCUUAGAGAACUGGAGCUUCAAGGAAAUAAGUUAACUGAUUUCAACCUUAACAAUUGUCCACGCUUGGAGCAUCUCUAUCUCAAUAACAAUCAACUCACUCAGUUUCAGAUUACACCACCUGCAGAAGGUUUUAACUCAUCGACCAAGAAGCAAUAUCCACUGCGAUUAUUGGAUCUCUCAAGCAACAACAUAAGCGUGCUUCUCGAAAACCAAUUCGAAUUGCUGGGGAAACUUGAAAUACUGGAGUUAUCUGGCAAUAAAAUCACCACUCUGAAGAGUGCUCACUUCGCAGGGGUGACUUCGUUACAAUAUUUGCAUUUGGCGUCAAACUACAAAAUGGAGCUAAAACGACACACAUUUGAAGCCCUCGAGCGUCUGAAGGAGCUUGACUUGUCCCACAUUGGUCUCGAAAAUCUGGAUCCGCAUCUCUUCGGCUACAAGCAGGUGGACAAGCAAGGUAUCUUUGAUCACUUGCCAAUGGUUCACAUGCGUAAGCUUUAUCUAACGGGCAAUAAGCUCCAACAUCUGCACCCUAGAACCUUUGAGAAAUUGCCUUUUUUGGAUACACUCUUGCUAUCCCGUAAUUCAUUGCGUGUGCUUCCCGCGGGCGUUUUUGCUCCAAUACAAAAUCUGACGGUGCUUAAUGUGGGUCACAAUCAAUUCACGAAGAUAAGCAGAGAUAUUUUCACGACUCUAAACAACAUCUUGGCUCUACAUGUUGACUAUAAUCAGUUGCCUUCUCUGCCCGACUUAAAUGGGACACUGCCUAAUUUGCUAACCAUUGGAGCAGCGAACAGUUCACUGAAUAUGCCGCGAUUGUCGUUCCUCGAUCUGUCGCAUGUGCCACGCCUUGAACUUCUCAGUGAAGGCUUCUCCAAUCUUCCCUAUCUGAUGCAUCUCAACAUCUCCGACUGUGGGUUAUCUGGCAAUAGAAUCACCACUCUGAAGAGUGCUCACUUCGCUGGUCUGACUUCCUUACGCCAUUUGCAUUUGGCGUCAAACUACAACAUGGAGCUAAUAGGACACACUUUUGAGGCCCUCGAGCAACUGGAGACGCUUGACUUGUCCUACAUUUUUCUCGAAAAUCUGAGUCCGCAUCUCUUCGGAUUCAAACAGGUGAACAAGAAAGGUCGCUAUAAAUAUUUGCCAAUGGUUCACAUGCGUAAGCUUUCUCUAACGGGCAAUAAGCUUCGACAUCUGCACCCUAAAACCUUUAAAAAAUUGCCCUUUUUGGAUACACUCUUACUCGCCGAUAAUGCUUUGCGUGUGCUUCCCGCAGGCCUUUUUGUUCCAAUCCGAAAUCUGAGGAUGCUUGAUGUGGGUCGCAAUCAAUUAACAGAGAUUAGCAGAGAUCUUCUGGAGGUUCUAAACAAAAUCACGGUUCUACAAAUUGACUAUAAUCAGCUGUCUUCUCUACCCGACUUGAAUAGGACUCUGCCCAAUUUGGUGCGUAUGGACGUCGAGGGAAAUCCCUGGCAGUGCGACCUCUUUGACCAAAUGGAGCGUUGGCUAAUCUCAAGAGAAAUAGCGUAUAUAAAGCAUGACUACGACUGCAUUUGA